UCGUGCAGCGCGGUCACGCUUUUCGCUUCGUGCUUCGCCUCGACGUAGGCCACGCGCUUAUCUAUCUCGGUGUGCUUCGCGUUCGCGCUCUCCUAGUCAUAAAAAAAGACGCGGCAGCUUGCGCCGGCCAGAAUGCAAGGCUCCCGUUGACGCUAGAGGCAGCAGCCUCGGCCAUUGCAAUUGUUUACCUACCUGUCGCGUUGAAAGUGCUUCGUCUGUCUGGCAGGUCCGCCGUCUGCUCCGAGUCGUCUGCUACUGCGCGACAUCUUGCCGAUUCGUCUAUCGUGACAGAAGUGUGACGUCUGCGUCUGGCGGUCUGUUCUCAUCGUGUCGUUUCGGCGGAAUCGUCCGGCGGAUUUGUUUUUUCGUCGUUUUGGUUGUUGUAACCACACGUCGGUUGCUUUUCAAACGUCUUGGCUGGAUACGGUUGCUUCUGAGGGAGAAGACUCAACGGUAUCUCGCACAGUCGGAAACCAUACAUACUUCAGCGUUAUCUUUAGUCUUGAUUCAUCUGUGCCGCUUUGUCGUCUGCUAUUCGUGACGGAAGCCGUGUGCCGUGCAAUAUGACUGUGCUGCGAGUGUCCAGCGUGCGCUCGCAAACAACUCCGCUAGACUUUUGAAAACGAGAACAAAAGUGUGCUUUCAAUGUGAACAGUUGUAUAAUCGCUCCAUUACCAAAGAUUGCGUCUUCCUUGUGCCGUUACGACUUCUGGGAGAAAGACAGAGUAACUCCGUGAAUACGCCGUGCCCUGAGGAAAUUUACGCUGCUUGUGGAGACUAAUUGAUGAACUAAGAGUGUGUGCGUGUUUCUUGCUUCGAUUUUUUUUCUUACUCCCUUACUGCGCAGACAUCACAUCUGGUGCUAGAAACGAUGCGGGUCGCGUUUGUACGUGUUUUGCGGUGAAGUAUUCGUGACUUCGUUCGCAGAAGAAAAUGUGAACCGUCUCCUUUCCUCAUAUCUGUGCCGGUUCCGGUUCUCGCCAUGAUCGAAUGCUCCGUUUGCCGAGGACCGUUCGGAUUAACGGCUAUGCUUCGUCUUGUCGGACUGCUGCUUCUGUGCCAGCAUGCCGGAGCCAGAAGAGGCGUGCUGGUGUUCUGGUCCCCGUUCCACGACCCUCGGGUGCACGAGAACGCACCAGCGGGUGUGCACGUGACCACGGUGCGGGCCCUGGACGAGUCGUCGCCUGGAAAACCCGUCGCCUAUAGUCUCCUCGACGUGAAGGACUCGACCUACUUCCACCUGAAUUACCUGACAGGGAACCUAACAACAGCGCGGCCCAUUACCAGAAAGGUCGGCGAAAAGUACGAGGUGAUCGUGGCAGCCGUGAGCCAAGGAGUGACCGAGGUGAAGACGAUGCAGAUCGAGGUGACCGUGCCGAACGAGUACCCUCCCCGGUUCGAGCACCCGGUGUACCGCGCCGAGGUCCACCAGACCCGCACCCGGCCCGGGUACCGGGUACUGCAGGUGCGCGCCCACGACCCGGACCCGGUGCCAUACAACGCCGAGGUCUACUACCGCCUCGAUGCGGGACCGGAGUCUACGAGGGCACUCAAGUACCUCGCACUGGACGGAAUCACCGGUGAAGUGACGCUUAACCGAAGCCUGACCGACGUGGCGGACGCCGUUAUAGCUUUCACCGUCGUCGCCGAAGACGGCGGUUCGCCCAUGAAAGAAGACAGGGCCCGAGUCGAAAUCCUCGUCAAGACCAUCUCCGAUCCCCAAAACACACGCGCCGUCGUGGUGAACGAGACCAGCGUGCGCAUCUGCUGGCAGCGACCCCUCUACGGCAACGUGUCCGGCUACGUGGUCAAGUACCGAGCGGCAUCGGAGAACGUCACCUCGUUCGUGAACGUCACCACGGGUGCCACCGACAAGUGCGUGCCGGUGCACGGUCUGAGGCCCUGGACCGACUACGAGUACCGCGUGCAUGCCUGGAAUGGCCGAGAGGAGGGCAUCGGCAGUCCUGUCGACCGAUUUGCCACGCGCAUAGACUAUUGUCUGCUGAACGUCUGCAAGCACGGCUCGUGCGAGGCCACAGAAGAACGCCCCGGCUACCGAUGCGUGUGCGACCCGGGGUUCUACGGGGACGCCUGCGAGCACUUCGACCCGUGCUCCGAGAACCCGUGCAAGACGUUCGGCACCUGCGUCAACACCAGCCACGGCGAGUACCGCUGCGACUGCUUCACGGGUUUCUCGGGCCGAAACUGCUCCGACUUCAACCCGUGUCUGCUCAAGCCUUCCGCUUGCCUCCACGGUGGCGCGUGUGAGUCCAAUGCGUCGCACACCUUCACUUGCCUCUGUGUGGACGGCUACUACGGCAAGACGUGCCACCAGUACGACCCGUGCUUCUCGUCCCCCUGCCUGCACGGCGCCCGCUGCCUGAACGAGUCGGAUGUGAAGUUCAGCUGCCAGUGUCUGCCAGGAUACGCGGGUGACCUUUGCGAAGAGAACAUCAACGAGUGCUUAUCGAGCCCGUGCAAAAACCGCGGAGACUGCGAGGAUGGCAUCAACAGCUUCACCUGCCACUGCACUCCGGGCUACGGUGGUUCACUGUGCGAGCUCAGAGACACGUGCCCUGAAGAACUGCAGCAAACGGACAAGGGCACUUUCCACUGGCAACCCGUUCCGCAUGGCUCGGUGGCCAAGAUAGAGUGUCCUUAUGGGGCGUACAAUCCGGCCAGCGAGUACAAGUACGCACGACGCAAGUGCCGCCUGCUGGCAGAUGGCCAGACUAGCUGGAUGAAGGUCACGGCACAGCACUGUCGGUACAAGAGCUUCCAGGCUGCAGAGAACAUCACCUCCGAGCUGGAGUUCCUGACGCAUGAUCCGCGCAACAUCAGGCCUGACCAGCUGCUCGACUUCGCUGACAAGAUCGAGCCGAUUGUUGACUACGCCAUCAAGGACAUCAAGAUCGCGCAAGCCAUGAUUCACGUAAUCAGCAACUUCCUCGCCCUCAAUGACAGCGUUAUCGAGGAAGGAGACGCCAACGGAGUGGCUGUCGAAAAGCUGGUUGCCGUGGUGGAGCGGUUCACCUCGGAGGUGGUGCUGGGACCUGGCGCGCUCAUCAUUGAGAACGAGAACCUGGUUGUCAAGGCUGUCGCCUGGUCACCCAAGCUGCUCUCACAGGGUCAAGAUUUCCUCAGCUUCUCGCUGCGCUCCAACGGUGACCACUACAUGCACGAAGACUUCUCCGGCGACGGGGACGAGCAGGAUGACGGAAACAAUAUUGUCAUCACCAUCCCAUUCGAGGCGCUGUCGAUGGCCAUCAACAGCUCUCUGGUAGCCGCCGGCGAGGCCUACCGACCCAUCCAUGAAGUGGAGAAGGGACCACGCAUCGCGUUCAUCUCGUACCGAAACGACAAGUUCUUCCGGCCAGCUCGCUAUGGUCUGGCGUCCCUGGUUAGCACAGGACAAGUCGUGCUGUCUGCCAGGAUUGGCGACCACAAGAUUGAAAAUCUCACCGACCCCUUGAUCUACUCGUACCCGACUUAUAAUGCCGACAGAUACAUCUGCGCUUUCUGGGAUGAACGCCGUAAGGAGUGGUCCACCACCGGCGUAACGACCAAUCGGUCGGGAAACGUGACUGUCUGCUCAUCGACCCACAUGACUGCGUUUUCGCUCCUUCUGGAUCCUCUACCAGGAACGUCAUUGGCACCCCACCACUACCGGAUUCUGUCUCUCAUAUCCUAUGUUGGAUGUAUCAUGUCGAUCGUCGGUCUGUUUUUCACCAUUCUAACCUACUCCAUUUUCAGGUGCCUCAACAAGGACCGCUCUGGCAAGAUCCUCCUCAACCUGUGCACAGCCAUGCUGCUGUUGAACGUGGCCUUCCUGCUGGGUUCACUGCAGCAACGCUUCCCCAGGUUCGAGCUGUGCCUGGGCACGGCCGCGGCCACGCAUUACUUCCUGCUCGCCUGCCUCACCUGGAUGGGCGUCGAGGCAGCCAACAUGUACCAGAUGCUUGUCCACGUGUUCGCGUCUUCCGAGACGUGCUUCAUGCUCAAGCGCGUCCUCAUCGCCUGGGGUAUUCCAGCGGCUAUCGUUGGCACCUGCCUGGCUAUAGAUUUGGAGCCUUACAGAAGCCAAGAUGAUUACUGCGUGAUAUCAUCCCGAAACCCCUUCAUCUACUACAUCGCAUUCCUGGGCAUCUCCUGCUUCAUCCUCUUCGUCAACUUGCUCGUCUUCAUCAUGGUGACGCGGGUGCUCUUCAAGCCGCGCAUGGCCGGAGCCAACACCAAAGCCGCCGCCAACCACAACUCGUCUUCCGCUUCCGGUCCCGGCGCCGCCAACUCUCUGCCUAUCACAGCGGCUCAAGUUCGCGGUGCCUUCACCGUCAUGACCCUGCUCGGCGUCACGUGGAUAUUCGGCGUUUUCGCCGUGGGCGAAGCCCGGACCGUGUUCCAGUACGUCUUCUGCGUGUGUAACUCGAUGCAGGGCUUCCUCAUCUUCGUCGUACGAGUGCUGCAGUACCCGGAGGCCCGGGCAGCCUGGUCCCAGCUCGCCACCACUGGUACGUUCAAGAAGAACCGAGGGUCCGGACCGCAGGCGGCCUCCUGGUGCGCCUACUCGAACCCCAAGCGCAACAGUCACUCUUCGAUGGUGCGGGUCACUUCGAAUAGCACCGACAGCACGAGCACGGUGGUGUUCAACAGCAACAUGUGGAACAAGGGAACGGGAAGCGGUGGCCCAGCUGGGGCCCGCGGUGACUGCCCCUCGAGACUGUCUCGCUUCUCGAGUGUCGGCAGCCUGUUGAAGAAUUGCAACCUGCAGAAGGCUGAGAAAAGCACAGCAACUCUGAAUAGAAAGGACAAGGCUUCUUCCAAGGCAAUCGCCGAAGAAGCCGGCGCGAAGCAGAAUCACAAGGAAUUCUACUCCUCGGAAGAUCAAGUCACGUCUCUGGUGCCAGACCUGUACGCCGGCCAGGAGCAUCAAAUCAAAAGCAACAGCGUCGGCGUGUCCGACCCGAUGAAGUACAUAGACGACGACUCUCGAAGCACGGUUACAACACUGGGUCUGGGUCUGGGAUCCAACCAGAAGGCACACAUAUUGUUCGCCUACACAGGAGGUGAGGCCACUCCCAUACGCGUGAACGGAGUGGUGCAUUCACCGCUGGACAAACCCAAGCUCGAGUCCUUCAGCACAUUCCAGAGGUCGUCGCCCGUACCGGCCAGCACGCCCAAAAUUCCGGAACUGCCGCGGUCAUGGAACACCGCUGCGGCGACGGUUGUAGCUGGUCCCGUGGACGGGAUCGUUCCAGACCACGAUUCCCUGCGUAGCUCCACAAAGAUGAUGGCUACCGAGGAGACAUCAUUCGUGACGCCCAAGAAAGCGAGCAUCGCGGUCGCGUCUUGAAGAGUUAUAGACAACAGGGAAUACACGAUCGUGUUCACUCACUAAUUAACAAAUCCAUGGAUAGGAGACAGGACAGCGUGCCUUUUAUUCAGCAUUGCAUUCUUUGAGGCACGCAGCGUCGUGUCCUUAAGUGAAGGUUUCACGCAGGAAUCAUAUCGGCAUCUUGGGAUGUGCAAUAGCAGUGGCCAAAUGUGAGCGGUGCUCUUUACCUACAAUUGAGUGCUGGUCAACUCGAGGCAUGAAGACUUAACGUGUUUCUCAGCCGUCCCCAGGUGCUUGGAACAGUGUCUGUGUUUUGUGCACUGAGGCGUCUGCUGAACUGCUGUGUUCCUUAGCAUUGUCAUCGUUCUACCAUAAGGACUGGUGUUGGCUUCGUUAUUGCACUUAAGCCCCGCCCUUGUGUAUUGACCUCUGUCCAUGGCCAAAGAAUGCCGACAGAACAGUGGUGCUGUGCGCCUGACACGUUUCUGUGACACGGUUUUUCUGCGGAUCCAUCUGGUCCCUUUGUGGCAUUUUCCUACGGUUUCGGUUUUCCCAUUGCCUUAUGUAUGCCACAAAUCAAAAACCAAGAGGCCCGGCGACAGUGAAACUGACUGAAUAAUGCACAUGCUUGUAUUUGCCUGUUCCCCAUAGUUAUUCGUUACGUGGUGACUUGUGGGACAAUAUGGGUGGGGCAUAGGCGCAUGAACCGCCGUUUUUAGUGUGUAUAUACUAUGUGCCCGAAUAUUCUGGGCUGCAUUUAAUUUAUCUACACAACUACAGAAAUCUAUAUAAAGCUUUAAUAAUGAUAGAGGCAUUAUUGACACGCAUCGUUUUUUUAGGCGCGCUAUGAAGUCAUUGCAUUCGUAUUUCAGAAUGCGUAAGUGUGUGUUUGUGCUGGUGAGAAUGUUAAGUGUACAGCAACACUUGGCUAGACAUUUGAGAGGAAAUUUUGAAUCGCCAGUUCUCUAAAUGCAGAAAAGACAAAAAAAAUCAGUGCAGAUGUGUUGCAGCUACAAGUACUGCGAUCGAUAAACGCUUCCAGAAGUGAGGAGAUAGCAGGUAUUUAAUUUCAAGCGAUAAUGUAUAGUUUUCAAUAUGUAAUGUCGCCACGGUAAAAAACGGGAUGAAAGGGGCCAGUUUACUGUCCUGUAUAUACAGACAUACAUACGACUUCUAAAUUUUUCAAAGAACCAUGUAGGUUUAAAGGGGAAAAAAUAUGGGCAGCUUGCACAAGCGGCGCAAGGCUGGAGUAAACAGCGGAGCUGGUGAUCGACCUAGCUUCUUCCAGGUUUUACUAUGCUCGGAUAAGUUUUGCUAGGAAAUGCUUAGUGCUACUAGGCACGGUAUUCCGAAUCGGCUCGCCGCUGACGCGCAGACUCUCGCUCGGCCGCGCGACGCGCUUCGAGAUGAACGGCUUCUUCUUCGGGUGUCCGGAUCUUCUUUGGUCGUCCCAUCUUGAGGCUACGCGUACUCGCCACAGAGUCAAUGAGAGUUGUGCCGCCGUCGCGGCGGCUCCGAGCUUUAUCUCCCCGGUGACGUCACGGCCAAGCUGUGCCUCCACACUUGCCGGGGCGUGGCUGGUCGAAACCUGCCCAGCCGCCGCCAGAGGCGCCUGCUGCAGUCACGGCCACCGCGCGUGUUCGGCGCGAACGCGGGGAAACGGGGAAACGCCAUCACGUCGGCAGCAUGCGCGCUGCGCGUAUGCUCUCCUUCCCUCUCCUUAACGUUCCAUGUCAAGGCAGCAUGUGCCCGGCAUGGAGAGGAGGCGAAGCACACGCAGCUCCGCGAGGUGGUUGCUAGGCAACGCGUGGUGACGUCAUCGCCAGGAGCAGUUUUUGUUCGCACUACGCGGUGCAACCAAGAGCUUAAACAACGUCGCUGUUGAUAAAAAACAAGAUGCGAAGGACGCCAUGCCCACGCCGGUUUCCUUUCUGACUGGAUUCUCGUAAAACUUUGCAAAGGCUUCAAAACUUCUAGAUGCAUGUUCCUGUUCCGGCUGUUAAAUGGUGCGCUGUACAUCAAUUGAGCACACACGAUCUGCUGUGUCGCUUUCACCACUGCCGCAAGUCCGUACUUCUCUAGCUCCGCUGUUGUCUUAUUUAUUGUGUGUAUGUCUGUCAGCUUAUUGUGAUCUCCCUCAACCUCCCCAAUCGAAUUAAUAAGCAAGUGAAGCUGAUCGAAAUGUGAGGCAUUCAUCCACUGAAUUAACGUGGUAGAUGAACAAUUUCAGCGAGCUUUGCAGAUGCUAUGAUUUUGUGUCCAGCGUUUUAUGGAUUCGUAUGCGUGGAAAACCGGAAGAUAUCGUUUACGAAGACUGGGGAUAAUUGAAUAUUGAAGCAAGCAUAAAUAUUUAAAAUCGCUUAAAUGGGCAGGCUGAAGUCAGGUAUGUAGAAACCUGAGUUUUUUUAGUUCCAAUAGUAGGACGUCCGCAUGCAUAUCCGUCUGCAGUACAACCGACAUAUCUGUGCCAUUUUUAGGCUGUAUCCAUCAAUUCUUAAAGUAAUUUCCAUUUAGCACUUCUCAUGCCUCUGGUAACACGUCAAACUAGGAGCUAGCUAAAGAAUGCACAAAUGGAUGAAAUAUUUCGGUUUUGUAUCGAAAUUCUUCGCUGUCAAAAUUGUCUCAACGCCUGGCAUAUUUCGUCAUCAUUCGUCCCAUGUCACCAUGUUGGGCCGAAUAUAAAGACUGAUAGGGCUCUAUAUUACCAUACGGUACUUUCUUAAACUGCAGUUAAGGACAUAGAAUUAUUUAUUCAAGCUUCAACCCUGCAGGAAGGCUUCGGAAUGGAAAUUGACGUGUCCUAACAGUCAGCAAACGGAUGAAUCUCUGCCUGCUGAGCAGUAUCACUGUCGACUAUAUUUAAUCGCAGUUCUUACAGUACUGUCAUAUGAUUUCCAGUGACAGCCAGCCUGGUUUCCAUUGCCUGCUUUGUUCCUUUUCACUGAAGGUUUUCCUGCAUGCAGAAGUAAGCCCACAGACCUGUUUAGCUCGUUUUUUUCAUGGAUGAGGAUCGGGUAUCUUUUCUGUGUGGCUUGUGUUUAAGACUUCACUAGUGUGUCUGUAUAUAUGCAUGUUGUGCGUGCUUGAUUUGAAGUGUUUUUAACAUAAGAGAGGCCGCUAGCUCGGAACAUUGUGCCCACGGACAAAUUCAUCCAUGUGUCACGAUCUUCGCCUAGGUGGGCAGUACCUUGUCACCCCGUAAUCUGGCCAGUGAAGCCGCUAACGUGAAACGCCGCGUAAAUGUCACUUCUCGGACGCUAGACAACUUAGGGUGUGUUCCAAUUUGUUUCAGCAAGCACAGCUCCUUAACUUAGUAUCUAAGAAAGCAGCUGCUUCUCUGCACAUCAGAGUACGAACAGACCGUGAUAUCAUUCCCCUUUUUUCACGCACUAAUUUGAGCAAAAGUGAACCAGAAUGUUACUGCAAGUAAUUUGGUUGUAUGUCUCAAAGAAACAAACAGUAUUCACCUAUUUCGUACACGUAUUAUCUAAAACUGGUACUAAGUAAUUCCCCGUGUUUCCACUAAGUAAUCUGUGUCAUAAAAAACAGAAAACAGCCAGCAGCUACCUUUGCACUAUGAAGACCCGUGCACAUCCCUUACCAAAAAUUGCAUUUUUAAAAAAAGUCUAGUAACUCUCACCUGAAUAUCAUUCGCGCUUAACGUUCCAUUUGUCAACUACGUCGGCGAGGUUUCGGCAGGAUCGUGAGUCUCGCUAAUAGCGCUCACUUGAACUGUGCGUCGUAUCACUCCCCUCCUUAGCGCCUUAAGGUGCCCCUCACCAGGUUUGGGUGUUGUAAACAAACAAGCACGCCGCGUAGAUGACGCGCUAAUGAUCGUGUCUGUAAAGUAUCAAACUGCACCAGAGUGCGAAAAGAAUUCAAGUUUUGAACAAUAGCACGCGUGUCUUUCAUCUAUAGGGAGCUGCACUUGCUGCCGGAGAAUCAAGGUCACACCCAUACAGACGCCUCUACGUAAGGCUCCUUAUCUGCAACGUCACUUAUCAUAGCAUGGUUACUUCUGUAAACCAUCCAAUGCCUAACGCGCAAGUCGACCACUGGAAGUGCGCCACCCUGCAAAAUGCGACAGAAAGAAAAAUGCCGCUUCCAUGUGCUGUGGCACUCCGUGAAGAUUUCAUUGGUGUUUUCAAGGAACGCCUCUCUUUAGGAACCAUUCGCAAGUACAAUGCACACGACCAAAAUGGACACAUUUUUUUUACCGAGAAACGCCUCGCUCAACGUGGCUUGUGGGCGUUAGUCGAGGCAUAAAGAUGGUGUGUCUAUGUUGGGCAGUGAAGCGCUCCUUCUGGCAGCAUGCGACAUUUCCAUUCCUUGUAUCUCCUCUCAUGUAUAUUAGAGGAGAUACGAGGAAAUGAAAUGGUGCAUGAUUAUUUCUUUAAUGAACCAAUCUGACAAAGGCUUUGCGGUAAAGCGCCCCCGAGAUGGCACUAAAGAAAUUUUGAUGACCUCAGCUCGUUAUUGGCGAUCGUCACUUUCUGGCUCAUGACAAGCCGACUUUGUCCUUAUUACCUUCCCACUUUCUCAAUGGCUUGUUGCGUGUGACAGAUACAAUGCUUUCCUUGAUUUCACAACUCAGAUGGCAGUAGACAUUCCAUUAUUAUCGUUUCUAUUGAAUCGAUAUUCUACACUAUUUGUAGUCAUGCCUAUGCAUGUGUUCAACCAUGGUAUUGAAACACAUCAUGACAAGAAGAGAACCGUUAUGGUGAGGUUUUCUUCUAUGAGCCCUACAGGAUGGCUAGGCAGCAAAGUAGUCAGCAUCGCUGAUGGCGUACAUUCUGUUUCCUUAACGGUGUCUUCUUUGCCAUCUAAUUCAUCUUCAAAACACAGCUCCAGGAGAGAAGGUUAAGCAACUGUCCGGCGCCGACAUUUGGAACGCACCCUUCCAGUGCAGCCACCAGAUAAAACUUGGACGAAGAUUUGUAGCCCCAGGAUAAAUUUGCCCACACGUGAAGCCGCUUGUGCAAGCGGCCUCAGAAUGUUCUAUAUCCCUCCUUUUCUACACAACAUGAAGAUUUGUAACUCCGUCCCCCCGCGUGAUUCUGCCCUUGUAUAACUUAUCUGGGGGCCCAAAUGCUGUAUAGUGAUAAUUUAAAUGUAGUAUAAAGGAAGAAAUAUAAUGAGAAUGAGAAUUCAUUAAUAAAGAUGUGUUCAUUUUAUC